AAAUGUAGUCCUCCACAUUCGCUCUGUUUUGUUUAUAUGUUCUUGCAAGGUUAAAAAUGGUACGUUCACAGUCCUGGCCCAUAGCUCAGCGCUGUUGUUUAUGUAGUCACCAUGCCCAUAGCGACCAAGCGCUGCAGUGCUUGCGUGGCAAGUCAGACCCGCUGCCCGAAUUGGAUGCCUGUCUCGCGUGCCGUCUCGCCCCCUCCCCUUCCCUGUCUGUGACCGAUUGUCGUUCCGCAGCAGCAGCCCCGGCGGCCCGGUCGGCGCCGGCCGCUCGACCUGCAGCGCCUCGCGCGGCUCCUGCCGCCAGGUCAGCCGCCGGAGACAGCCGACAGGCCGAGGUGGACGAGCUGACGACACAAGUCCAGACGAUGCAACUGACCUUGGAGGACUUGGAAAAGGAGCGAGACUUUUACUUCGGCAAGCUGAGGGACAUUGAAGUCAUCUGCCAAGAGGAAGAAGGCACCAACAGCGACCUCAUCCAGAGGAUCCUCGCCAUAUUGUACGCCACAGCGGACGGUUUCGCCGUGCCAGACGACGAGGAGGAGGUCCCGCCACCUCCAGGCGACGACGAAUACUAGUCGACCGCCGACCGCCGCUGCAUUCCAAAGGGCCGGUUCAGCAUGAGAGCUCAGCUCAACCGGACUGCCCGAUAGCUCCUCUCCGACUGAGGAGCGUGUUCAACUCUGCGCUCUGCCCGGAGACGUCACUCCAUGCUGCCCCGCAGAGCUCCGAUCUGAGCCGGCCGGCCGUCUCGCGCUCGGCGCCAUUCCAGUGCGGGCCGCCCGGUGUCGCCGUCCGCUGUCCGCCUGCCUCAGCGGCUAACCCGCUAACACCGCUCACCGACGGUGGCCCGGCCCAGCCGCCGCCGCCCAGAGGACGAUAUUACCGCGGUCACCUGCCGUUACCGCGCGCGUGUGUGUUUGUGGUUGUGAGGUUGCGCCCGUCGCCGAGCCCGACCGGGCCGGCCGACGGGCGCCAUGUUGUGUCGGCCACCGUUUUACUGGCGGCGCUUUAAGCCUUCUAAUUUAAUUAUCGAAAUAUAUAAUUACAUUGUACA